CCAGCCCAUAGUUAACCAAACGAGAAAGUCUUUCGUCAAUUACUCCGGCGGAUCGGCGAUAAAAUUUUCAGUGCUGAGAAAGAAAUAUUUUCUCUUUCCUUCAAUUUUCUAUGUUUUCUACAUAAUUUCAUUUAGGUCGAUAGGAUCGGGAUUUUUGAAUCAAUGGACAAAAUGAGUACUCUAGAGUACAUCAACCAGAUGUUCCCCACAGAGGCUUCUUUAUCUGGAGUUGAGCCGCUAAUGCAAAAGAUACAAAGCGAGAUCCGCCGUGUUGAUGCUGGAAUUUUGGCUGCUGUUCGCCAGCAGAGUAAUUCGGGAACCAAAGCUAAGGAAGAUCUUGCGGCUGCUACACAUGCUGUGGAGGAACUAACAUAUAAAAUCCGUGAAAUAAAAACAAAAGCCGAGCAAAGCGAGAUUAUGGUUCAAGAAAUAUGCCGUGAUAUCAAGAAGCUUGAUUUUGCUAAGAAGCAUAUAACCACUACAAUCACAGCUCUUCAUCGUCUAACCAUGCUAGUCUCCGCUGUAGAGCAACUUCAAAUUAUGGCUUCAAAACGACAAUAUAAGGAGGCAGCUGCCCAGUUAGAGGCUGUAAACCAGUUAUGCAGUCAUUUUGAAGCCUACAGGGAUAUUCCAAAAAUCACAGAGCUGAGGGAGAAGUUUAAGAAUAUUAAACAAAUACUAAAAUCUCAUGUCUUCUCUGAUUUCUCAAGUUUAGGAACUGGCAAAGAGUCCGAAGAGACAAAUUUGCUGCAGCACUUAUCUGAUGCUUGUUUAGUUGUCGAUGCUUUGGAACCAUCUGUGAGAGAAGAGUUAGUAAAUAACUUUUGCAGCAGGGAGCUUACUUCAUAUGAACAGAUCUUUGAAGGAGCUGAACUAGCUAAACUGGAUAAAACAGAACGAAGAUAUGCAUGGAUCAAGCGUCGAAUGAGAACAAACGAGGAGAUUUGGAAAAUAUUCCCUACUUCAUGGCUUGUCCCUUAUCGUCUCUGUAUCCAGUUCUGUAAGAAGACAAGGAAACAAUUGGAGGGGAUCCUUGACAACAUGAAAGAGAAGCCUGAUGUUGCAACAUUGUUGAUGGCAUUGCAGAGAACUAUAGAAUUUGAGGAUGAACUGGCUGAAAAAUUUGGUGGUGGUACUCAGAGUAGAGAGAUUGGAAACGAAAUUGAAGAGAUUGGUAGGCAGAGUAAUAGUCAAAGUGCGUCUGAUGUUAGAAAGAAGUAUGAGAAAAAACUUGCUGCACAUCAAGGAAGUGAAAAUGAAGAAAAAGAUGGAAACAAAGAUUUGUCUGCACCUGGAGCUGGGUUCAACUUCCAUGGGAUUAUUUCAUCUUGCUUUGAGCCUCACUUGACUGUAUAUAUAGAAUUAGAGGAAAAGACACUGAUGGAGAACCUUGAGAAACUUGUUCAGGAAGAAACAUGGGAUGUUGAGGAAGGAAGUCAAAAUAAUGUACUUUCCAGUAGUAUGCAGUUGUUUCUUAUAAUCAAGAGGAGCCUAAAGCGAUGCAGUGCUCUGACAAAGAGCCAGACUUUAUAUAAUUUAUUCAAGGUGUUUCAAAGAGUUCUCAAAGCCUAUGCUACAAAGCUUUUUGCAAGACUGCCUAAGGGUGGUACAGGGAUUGUUGCUGCAGCCACUGGUAUGGAUGGGCAGAUAAAGACAUCUGAUAGGGACGAAAGGGUGAUAUGCUAUAUUGUAAAUUCAGCUGAAUAUUGCCAUAAAACGUCCGGUGAACUGGCUGAAAGUGUAGCCAAAAUCAUUGAUACUCAAUAUGCAGACCAGGUGGAUAUGUCUGAAGUACAGGAUGAAUUUUCAGCAGUUAUAACCAAAUCUUUAGUAACCUUGGUGCAUGGCCUGGAAACUAAAUUUGAUGCUGAAAUGGCUGCUAUGACCCGGGUUCCAUGGGGUACCCUUGAAAGUGUUGGGGACCAAUCAGGAUAUGUCAAUGGCAUAAAUAUGAUCCUUAGCAGCAGUAUUCCUGCACUUGGGAGCCUUCUUUCGCCUAUUUACUUCCAGUUCUUCUUGGACAAGCUUGCAUCAUCACUUGGCCCCCGGUUCUACCUGAACAUUUUCAAAUGCAAGCAGAUAUCAGAAACAGGAGCCCAACAAAUGCUGUUGGAUACUCAAGCUGUAAAGACAAUUCUUUUGGAAAUUCCCUCCCUUGGUCGACAGACAUCUGGUGCUGCUGGCUAUUCAAAAUUUGUAAGUCGAGAGAUGAGCAAAGCCGAAGCACUUUUGAAGGUUAUACUAUCUCCUGUUGAUUCAGUUGCGGAUACAUACCGGGCGUUGCUCCCAGAGGGAACACCAAUGGAGUUUCAGCGUAUUCUAGAGCUUAAGGGUCUCAAGAAAUCGGACCAACAAAGUAUCUUAGAUGACUUCAACAAAGGGUCUCCGGCAAUCUCACAACCUUCUGGUGCAGCAGCAGCAGGUAGCCAGACGAUGCCACAAGCCCCGUCUGCGACUGCAGUUCCAGCCAUGUUGAAUCCUGCUGCAGCUGGAUUUAUAGCUUCUCGGGAAGAUGUGCUAACUAGAGCAGCUGCACUUGGACGUGGUGCUGCGACUACAGGGUUCAAGAGGUUCCUUGCUUUAACCGAAGCCGCCAAGGACCGUAAAGAUGGCCCUUUCAGAAAGCUCUUCAAUGCAUGAUUAUUGCCCACAUGUUUAUUGCAGCAUUUUCAACAAUGGUUGGACAAAGGGAUAAU